AUGGUCGUGUCCAUCGAGACAUUAAAAGAGCCCCUGGUCAUAUCGUCCAGGGACCUGAAGAAGCCCUACUUCCGUCCGCCGCUACAAGGGGUCAGCAAGCAGCUGAACCCCCUGUCUAAAGCGGCGGACCGGGUAGCGGCUCCCGCUUCCCGCGCCUCCUUCUCUGCCCUUCCCCCACCCUCCAGACCCCUGGAGACAUCGGGAUGGGCUAGGGUCGGGGAGAGCGGGAGGAAGGAAAGGAAGAGGUCGAAAGCCUUGACCGAGGACGGCCUAAAGGAGGCCCUCUCCAGAGUCCUCCCGGCCGUCCUCGCCGAGAUGGGGCUUCUCUCCGCCCGUAGGGGGGCGGAGAGGCCCAAGGCACCCCCGACUGCGGGCAAGAUCACCAGGCAGUCCGGGGCUGCCCCCCAGAAAGGAGCGGGCAACGCGGCCGCAGUGGCCGCGAGGCCCGCUCCGACGCCGAAGGAGGCCACCCCGUCUAUACUAGAGCUAUGGACGGAGGUGGUCUCCAAAAAGACCAGAAAGAAGGCCGUCAAAGCCGCCGAGAGGGCGACGAAGACGGCCCCACCCCCGGUGGCGAGGCCGACAAGGGUCCUCCCGAUCCCGCCCCCGAACCCCCCCCAACAACCUUCUUCGAAGAAGAAGAAGAAAAAGAAGAAGGGUGGACGUGGAGGGGGCCAGGGGGGACCAGGGGGGCAAACCCCGGGUGGCGCCAGCUCCCUGGGUCCGGCCAGGGCAACCAAAAUUAGGCCGCCGACAACCGCGGCAGUGACGGUGUGGAGGCCUUGGCCAUCUGGCCACAGCAUGCACAGCAAAGGCGGGGGCUGCCCGGUCUGCCGAGACGCGGGCAAGCCCGCCGAGCAUAGGAUUGGCGCAAAGGGGUGCCUGGCGAACAAGCCGCAACAGGCACCCCCGAGCACCGAUGGCCGGAAGGAGGCGGGGCCAUCUACAAUUCCAGUCCCAACCCCGCCCCCUGCUCCGGUCCCCAUGGUAGUGUUGAGGAGGAAGCUCCUCUCCCGCAAAGGGAGAGGAGCAUAA